GCGGUGACGCUGCGCUGCCUGUGGCGCCUGACCUGGACCGACAUGCGGCUGCGGUACAGGGGAUCCCCGGCUGCCGGCGGCCUGAUGAUCUCACACGCCACCGCUGGACUAAUGGAUGCUCCCAAGAUAUGGCUGCCAUCUGUGCUGUAUCCUCGCUCUCUGUCGGUGGAUUUCGAUAACUCAUUGGACAACAUGUUUAUGAUACGGCCGAACGGUACUAUUACGUGGCAGCGCAGGGUUAUCACCAAGGCUCCUUGUGGCCUCAACGUGGCUUAUUUCCCUUGGGACAAGAACACAUGCCGUGUCUUCCUUCGGCAAAACCUGGACAGCAAGGCGCUGAUGCUGAACUGGACCCGCUCGGGCGUCCGACCCGUGUACGCCGGGCCCAACCUCUCCAUCAGCGGCUUCCGCCUGACCUCGCUAGGCGCCAGCUCCCGCAUCGGCAGCAUGGCCGAAGAUCAUGGUGGACCGGCUCGUUCGAAGUCUCUAGUUUUGAGGGUGACCUUCAGACGAGUCUCAAUUUACUACAUCAUCAACGACAUCAUACCCACCUGCAUCUUGGUGAUUGCGUCCUACAUGACUUUCUGGCUCAGCCCAGGCUCGGUGGUGGUACGGGCUCUGCUGGCCUCCUUCAUGCUGCUGGCUUGCUUCAUAGUAACGGCGAUCGCCGGUAGGGCGGCGCCACCGGUGGCCUUUAUAAAGGCACUCGACCUCUGGAACUUCGUGUGCCUGUUCUUCCUGCUGUGGGCGCUGGUGCAGAGCCUGGUCGUGUACCGCAUGAGUCUGGGCUGUGGCUCGGUCACCGACGACGCGGCGACGCCGGAGCUGCAGCCGCCCAAACCGCCCGCCCAAAACGGCAACGACAACGACCCAGAGGCGAUCGUGGCCGAGACUCUGCCGCCGCCGCCACCGCCGACUGACGACCUGGGGCCGCUGCCGCCGCGCCCGAGGCGGCGCACGGUCUCGCCUCGCCUGCUCGACCUGGUCAGCCGCGUCCUCUACCUCCUCGCCUUUUGCAUUGUCAUCAUCGUGUUCGGCGUGGUCUACUCGUGAGGCCGGCGGACGGCGAGGGCGUCAACGUGAGCAGGGUGACGUGCUGUGCUGAGCUGUUGCCGCCUCCCCUUGCGGCCUGGCGUCUGGAGCACACUGACGACCGGCGUCUGGAGCACACUGGCGACUGGCGUCUGGAGCACACUGGCGACUGGCGUCUGGAGCACACUGGCGACUGGCGUCUGGAGCACACUGGCGACUGGCGUCUGGAGCACACUGGCGACUGGCGUCUGGAGCACACUGGCGACUGGCGUCUGGAGCACACACUCUAGACUGAGCGACGGCGCAGCUAUCGGGUGGGGGAGGGGAGGGAGACCGGGGCUACCCACCCAGCUUGGCGCACGACGGGUGGCUCCCCGGCCAGAUGACGCCAGAGGCGUGGUCCUGCUCUGAUGUGCGACCGCGCGCUCCCUGUUGUUAUGGCGCGCGCUGCCAGCAUGUGCAUCACAUCGACGGCGGUGGGGCCCGCAGGACGGUGCGUGUCUUCCCCGAUGACUUGUCAGCAUAGUGAAACGGUAGUAUUACGGUGUCAUUACUUCGAAUCAGUGUUGGAAGAACUAUAUUGCCGUGGAGAAUUGUCUAGUUUAGAGACAACGAAUCAAGAAGUGCCUGAGCUACCAAUGAAAUCCGUGGACAUAGUUAUCGAGAGAGGGGACUCCAGAUGCUACCGUAUGCAGUGUUCAAUGUCAGUGACAGGGUGCGUGAUAAUUUCUGCAUUACUAGACGGUGAUGAAUAACCGCACGGUGUGCAUUCAUUAUUGUUUUCAGGGACAUUCAUAGUAACGAUUGUACUGUCAGGAAGUAGGGGCGGAUCCAACGGGUCACGGCCCGUCCAGUUUGCAGAGGCAUGACAUCCCCCCCCCCCCUUCUCACGAAAUGGUUGAAAACGCCUAUUUCCGCUUCCCUUGGCCUGCAUUUAAUGCGGCAGCCCAACUGGAGUUUUGUUGCGGCAUGGUCCGAUGCUGGAUCCAACGAUGUUAGAACCGUUGUAUUUACCGAAUUUAUGUUCCAAAUACAUGCAGAUACAUAUGA